AUGGAUUGCUUCCAUUCCCAACAGACGCGAGCACCGCUUAUAGUUUGUAUGGGCCGCAACGAUGGAGCGUCCGGCAGUAAGCGACGGAACAGCAAUCGGAACCGCCGCAAGGAGGACUUCUCCGGUCCUGCUGCAGAUGACGGCCUUUGGUUUGACGCCGAAGCCGACCCAGAUGGAAACCUAACCUCCUCUGCCACCACCACCAGCAGCAAUAGUAGCAGUAGGAGCGGACCUGCUGCUGCACGCCAAUUUCAGCCGCAGCCAUCCAGCUCCGGCUGGGAGCGCGCCGGCAGCCUCAGCGCGCGGCAGGGCGGUCGCCAAGGUCGUGGGCGCCAAGCCAAGGGGAGGGAUGACGAGGAGGAAGAGGAGGAGGAGGAUGUUAGGGGCUGGUGGGAGCGGCCUGAGGAGCGAUCCCUCCAGGCCUACGCGGCCCCCUCCCUGGAGCCCUGGCAAGAGGAGAGGUUGCUGAGGGCGUACGCGGCGGGGAGGAGGAAGGCACCGAUUCAGGACCUGUCUCGCGAGCUGGGUGUGGACAGGUCCGUGGUCAUUGGCUGGUUGAAGGAGUUCGCCCUCAAGCCCAGCAGUGAGCGGGAGGCCCUUCUGUCCGCUCUGAGGGGCUCCGAAACGGGAGGAAGAGAGGUGGGGGCAGCGGUACGACAACGAGAGGGCGCCAGCAGUAGCAGUAGCAGUAGCAGCAGGCACCAACAGGGGCAGGGAGCCGCGGCGGCAGCAGCAGCAGCAGCAGGAGGAGGCGGAGGAGGAGGCGGCCGGGAGGGAGAGGAAGCGGCGCCGUCUUCGGGUUUCAUCCCGUACUACCUCCGGAAGCAGCAGCAGCAGCAGGGCGGUGACAAGCCAAGGAAGCUGAAGGGGGAGGUGCUGAGGACAUUGGAGGCAAUAUACGACAGAACGCCCUUCCCGUCUGCGGAUGUCGUACGUGGUUUGUACGAGCUGCACCGGUUGCCCCGCGACGCCGCCACCGAGUGGUUCGCCGCGCGUAGGGCCCAGGACGGCAUCAGCUCGUCCACUGAGAAGAGGUCCGGGCGUGUCAGUCUGCGGGAAAAGGACCGGGACCUGCAGUUUGCUGGCGGAGCUGGGCGGGUCAGGGCCGCCGCCGCCGCAGCAGCAGCCGGCGGAUCCCACGGUGUCGUCACCCUCAGCCGCCAGGAGAUGGCCGCCCUCAGGUCCUCCCUGCCCAGUCCCACCAAACACAAGGGCCGGCAGCGGGCGGAGGAGUGGGGGAUCAAGACGGGUGGGUGGCCGGGG